AUGCCGGCGGGAGAGUACAAUGUUGCCACCAGUGAACCGGUGCAGCAACAAGACGGCCAACAAGGACGGAACUCUGGUGUGAGACCGUCUCCCGCGGCCACUGACCAGGCUGCGAGCAUUAGCAGCACGCUGGACUCGGCCACCAAAGAAGAGGACGUCCAUUUCCGUAUCUGUGAGGAGAUGUCGCGGCCCAGGCAGGUCGCCCUCUCGCCCUCUCCCCAAUCUCAAAACACCGACCGACACGAGGUGAUUGAGCUGCAUGAAGGCGUGAAUCCGAUGACCAUCCUCGGCGAGGCUCUGGGACGGCAGCACCCUAAUCGCUUUGUUAGGGUCAUAGUCGAGGACAACCACCCCAAGUCCUAUCCGCGACAAUACAUUGCCGGGUUCGAUUAUGCCGACGUGGUGUAUCUCGAGGCCAAAGGCGGUCUCAGCUUGCCGCCUCGACCCAUUCGCGACGAACUGCUCCGGCUGUACUUUUCCCAUGUCUAUCCGUACGCCCCGAUCCUCGACCGGGUCAAGUUCAUGCAGGACUACGCUGCGGACCAACACUCGACCUUUGUCCUGCAGUCCCUUUUCGCCAACGUCGUCCCGUAUGCUCCCGAGCACCUCCUCCGACAGGCCGGGUACGAGGACCGGAUCACGGCGCAAAAACAGCUCUACGCCAAAGCCGCGCUCCUGUACGACAUGGGAUACGAGAAGAACCAGCUAUACCUGCUGCAAGGGUCCAUCAUGCUCAGCUCCCUGUCCUUUUCGUACGCCAUCGACAAGGACUACCGGUACUGGCUCACCAACGCCGGACGGAUCGCGACCCAGAUGGGGCUUCAUCGGAACUACGUGUCGCAGAAUCUCGGGAGGCGCUCCAAACGACUCUUCCGCAGCAUUUGGUGGGUUCUGUACGAUCGGGACACGCUGCUGACCAUCUCGGGCCUCGACAACCUCAAGCGGUUCGACGAGCGGUAUUGCGACACGGCACCCCUCGAAGAAUCGGACUGGGAGGACGAAGACGAAGUGCCGGCCGAGUUUCGAGACAUCCUCCCGCCGGUGACGCGGGUUCAAAAGGCGUUCAUGAUGGAGUAUAGCAAGUUGUCAAUCAUCAGCGGGUAUUUCAUUCGAGAUUUCAAGACGCCAGCCAAACCACCGACUUUUGUCGAGAUUGACCGGCUGAGCAAUCAGAUCACGUCGUGGAGAAAACAGCUCCCCCUCGAGAUCAUCCACGCCUUGCAGGACGAGUGGACGCCCGACCACGUCCUGAUCCUGGUCUUGCUCGCCAUGGGGUACCGCCUCGAGGCGGUCUUUGCCCGUGCGGCCAAGGAUCAUUACCGGACCAGUGGCAGCAGCAGUGGCGGCGACGCGGGCUGCAUGCAGCGCAUGGCGCAGCGCCAGGAGAAUGCCAUGUUUGAGCUGUCCACCAUGAUCCAGCGUGCCUCGCUGCACGAUGUUCUCCAUCUGUGCCCUCUAUCCUUACGACACAUCGCACCCACUGACGAAAAGUGCGCCGACAGUAUGACAUGUGCCUGCACGAUCCUGGCCAUGCGGAUCGAAAUCGCCCUCGACCCGAGCACCAGCCCGCACAAGCAGCGCGCGACCAAGGCGCAGAUCCUGGCCGAACUCGAACACGUGCGCGAGAGCUGCAAGUACUGGAACAGCCUCAUCUGGACUGUGCGCAUGUUCGAGGCCGUCAUCGCCCGAACCGGACUCGGCGCGGUUGGCGCGGGCGGCACGUCGGUGUCGCCUAAUGGAUCUUCAGAGGCGGAGGCGGACGAGGACGUGGCGUCUGUGAGUCACAACGGGGUAGGUCCCGGUGGCGGUGGUGGGUAUGGCGACGCCUCACAUCGUCGGAUGGAGCAAGCGCCCAACGACCUGCUCGAAGGUGGCAGGGACCUCGACGCCGGAGCCCAAGUCACUGACGACGUCUUUGGCAUCUUGCCCGUCACCGACGACUAUGACUGGCUCGAAGGCCUCUUUGGAGCGCCACGCAGUGACGUUGGGGACCCGGCAGUCAUCUUCUAG